AUGUUAACAGAGUACUUAGAAAUUCUAUACAAUAGUUCUAAAGCAACUAAUCCCGAUGGACUUCAAUUUAUACGUGUUGUACAAAAAUAUGAACGAUCAGUUAUUAUGCGUCUUGGUCGAACUCUUUCUGGAGGUGUCAAAGAUCCCGGAACAAAAGUUUUACAUGAAAUUUUGACUGAAAGUGAAAAUAUGGCAUAUUUAAUGCAAGUUCAUCUUUAUGAAGGAAAUAAAUCAUGCGGAGUAAAAGUUGAACGUGUUGAAAUCAAAGAUGUUCGAUUAUCUGUUACAAUGCAACGUAGUAUGGCUGCAGAAGCUAAAGGUUAG